AUGUUUCGUUGUGUUCCAGUUGCAAGCAAGAUUUUGGAGGAAUACAAAAAGAUUCCAUCUUCAGGAGCUCGCACUAGUAGUCCUGAGAUGCGCUUGACUAUUGAUGAAGCUGACAAGGUGAAAAAGGGAGCUCCACCUAAAAGGCGAAAACAACAUGAUCGUAAGAGAAAGACCCCAACACCAAGUGCAAGUGAAGGUUCAGAGUCAGACACUCAGUCUGAUGUUUGGUCUAUGGAGGACAAUCCUGUUCGUCAUGAGGAGGAUCAUAAUGAAGAUGUUCGUAACGAGGAAGAAACUCUUCACAAUACAUUGAACACAUCCAAUCCUGAGGUAACUCAACCUUCUAAUGACUUUGUUCCUUCUCCACUUCCUUCACCUAAAACUACCUCUAUCCCAAUAACAAUUUCUCCAUGCCUUCCACCAGUUUCUACACAACAACAAACCACUAUUCCUCUCUCCAUCCCAUUGUUCACUGAUUCAACAGUUCCUCUCACCACCCCUACCCUACCUUUUGUUUCAUCCAACGUAUCUAAUACAGGGGCUAUAACUUUAGGUUUAUCAACUCAUGUUUCACUUCCCAUUUCCCUUAUUAACCGAAAUGACCUAGAUAUGGUCUUCGAUGAUGAUGAAGAUGAAGAUCUUGGGGGUUUUACUUACAAUCCUUUUCAGAUCCGAACUGCUUCCUCUUCUGAUGAAUAUGCUAAAGCUGCUAUUAAGUCACUCUUUGAACGAAUCUCCAAGGAGCAUACAACCAAUGUAGACAAGAUGAACAAGGUUGUUGCUGAUUCUAUUGAGGUUUGUAAAACAACGACCGAAAAAGUCGAUAAACUAAUUGCUGACGCUACUACUUUCAUGGAAAACUUCCAAACCAAUUUCAACUCAAUUACCACUGCAGCAAAUAAAGCUUUGAAGAGUUUGGGAUAUCUCUUCAAAACCGAGAAGACGAAGUUGCAAGAGAUUUGCAUUGGUCUGAAAACUGACCAUGAAGCAUUUCAUACCUCCAUUUCGUCUAAAAUCCUAAAGCUUCAAGAACAAAUGUCAAAGGAGAAUGAUAUCAAGGACUCUCUUGCUAUCAAGACCAAAUAA